UAGUGCACUACACAUCCAGAGAGAUGUCAUUUGGGUGUUGGUUCGUGUGGAUGGAGGUUUAGAGCUGUUGCGCUUCAGACAAGAGAGAGAGGGAGAGACAGACAGAGCGCUCAGAGGAGAGGAGAGAGGGGAAGAGAGUGGAUAAGGGGAAUUCUGGAGAUUUCUCUUCAUACCGAAACAGACUUGGUGCCACAGUUAAGGAUUUCCAAGCAGUCAUGGCCACUGAGACGACGUCCUGUACGGGCUCGACUUUACUGCAGCCCCUCAGCGACAUGAUUGACCUUCCGCUGGACCAGGUGAACUUCGUGGUCGGCCAGCUCUUCGCCCUGCUCACUGCCUGCUGGUUUCGGCUCUACCUGCACCCCAGCAAGACCAGUCCCUUUAUCCGGCAUGUCGUGGCCACACUCCUAGGCUUCUACCUGGCUCUCUUCUGCUUCGGCUGGUAUGCUUUACAUUUUCUGCUCCAGAGCGGACUCACAUACGGUAUCAUGAUCUUCACAGGGGUGGAGCACAUGCACAGAUACUGCUUUGUGGUUGCUCUGGGUUACCUCACCCUCUGCCAGAUCACACGGGUCUACGUUUUCGACUACGGCAUGUACUCUGCAGACUUCACUGGGCCCAUGAUGGUAAUCACACAGAAGAUCACCAGUCUGGCGUUUGAGAUCCAUGAUGGUCUAGUAAAGAAGGAAGAGCAACUCAGGCCUACUCAAAAGUACCUCGCAGUCAGGAAAAUGCCAAGUCUUCUAGAGUAUUUGAGUUAUAAUUGUAACUUCUUGGGCAUUCUGGCGGGUCCCACGUGCUCCUACAACGACUACACAGCCUUCAUCGAGGGCACGGGCUAUCAGCACAAACAUGUCGAGUCAAACGGCAAGGAGAACGGCAAAUUCAAGCAGAGUGAGCCAUCACCAAAGAGAGACGUACUGAUAAAGCUGAGCACCUGCGCCAUUUGCCUUCUGGUCUACCUAAUUUUCUACCGCAUAUGUCCCGUGGAGCGCAUCAUUGAAGACCCAUACAUCAACUCCCAGCCCAUCUACCUGCGCAUCUUCUACCUCUACCUGUCCAUGCUCAGCUUACGGCCCAAGUACUACUUUAUAUGGACACUCGCUGAUGCGAUAAACAAUGCUGCUGGUUUUGGCUUUAAUGGCUACCACAAAGAUGGCACUCCAAGAUGGGACCUGAUAUCAAACCUGAGAAUACUGGAAAUAGAGUUUGCAACAAGUUUUAAGACAUUCAUCGACAACUGGAACAUUCAGACAGCACAGUGGCUUAAAAGAGUGUGUUAUGAGCGCUGUCCGUACAACCCGACAGUAGCUACCUUCCUGCUGUCUGCCGUGUGGCACGGAGUGUACCCAGGAUACUACCUCACCUUCCUCACGGGCAUCGCCAUGACACUGGCAGCCCGGGCAGUAAGACAUAACGUAAGGGAGCACUUCCAGGGUUCCUCCAUACACAAGCUCAUCUAUGACGUGAUCACGUGGGCCAGCACGCAGAUCGGUAUAUGCUACACAGUGGUACCUUUCGUAGCGUUGGCAGUGGCACCUUCACUGCAGUUCUACUGGUCUUGUUAUUACUGUCUGCACGUGGUUUGCGUGCUGCUGGUCCUAGUGCUUCCCGUGAAGUGCAGAUCAUCACGUGAGAAACCGCAGGAAAACCAGAAGCAGUCAGCAGAGCCAGCAAGCGACUUCUCCGGCACAGACAGCAACUGCAACCAGAAGCAGAAAACAUCCUGAAGAUGCACAUCCCUCCAACUCCUCUUACACGCGGAACCGUGGAGAACUCGCAUCAAGACUGACGAACCUAGAGCGGCUCUUUUCUGUCCCUCCAACCUAACACGACAGGGACGUUACUAAAAAAAUGAACAAGGAUAGACAACUGAGUGCGAUGACCCUUAGGGAACGGCACUGGCGCCGAACAUGCUCCAAUAUACAAUGGGGAAACAUCCUUCAGUUUGUCUUGACCAGUUCGAGGCUUUAAUUGGUGGCAGUAAUUUUGCUAACAAAAGGAAUCGAUUGGAUCUUAAUGGAGCUUAACAAAUACAAGUUGCCUUAAAAACCCUCUAUUUACUAUUCAGUGCUCAGCCGACUGGCAUAGGGAUCAUUUGAGGAAGGAACAAUCUGCAGUAUUUAGAGGUUUUUGUUUUUUUUAAAUAUCACGUAUUGAACAAUAUACCUUGUUUUUUUUUUAGUGUGAGGUUUUGAUAAAGUUGUUUGUUUAAUGCCAAUCUCUUAUAGGUCUUUGGUUCCUGUUUUAGGCGGUUAUCGCUUCUUUAUAGGAUCUUGUUGUUGUUUCAUUUACAUCUGCUGGUGUCUUAGGGAGAAGCAAGCUUUAUUUGGAACAAGGGGUAACUUCUUAAUAAAAUAUUCUCAUUUCUCGUUACUGGUUUUGUUUAAGGGGUUUCCGUUUCGCAUUUCGCUCUUGAUUUCUUCAAGGAGAAUUCAGUUUGGAAGCUUUUAGUGUCUCGUUUAUUACAUUAACAUCUGACAUCACAGGAAGCACACUGAGAGCAUGUAUUGUAGUGUAUUUGCUAGGACCAGACAUCUUUUACAGUACAUGUUUUGUUAUAUCAAGAUUUAUAUUCCAUUUGUCUACAGCUGCAUGUACAAAAGAGGUCGCAUUUUACUUUAUGUUUACUGUUCAACGUUGGUUCACAGCAGUUUAGAUUAAGUCUGAUCUGGAAUAGUGGUGAGGUGGAAAGGAUAUUUGGUACUGUACUUGGGGCCUUUAAGAGAUUUUCAACAAGUGUUUAGUUUUACAGAAAGGGUGUUAGAAUGCAUUACAGGAGAAAGACAUAGCGCCAGGAGCAAGAGUGUUAGCAGAAGGGUAUUAGAUAGUGUUUGAGUUAGAAAAAUAAUAUCAUGAGCAUUUACAAUGAGGAAAGAUCAAUAAUCACAAUGGAAAGAAAAAGGAUGAACAUUUAAAAACGUCUACAAACUAUAGAGAGAAUAUUCAUAAACCAUCAUUUUGUCAUUAUGAGAAAGCAUCUAGUCUCUAGGAGUAAACAUAACAUUAUUAUGAGAAAAACAUUUGUUAUUAUAAAAGAAAAGCAUCAUGUUAUUACACUUCCUGUCCAAAAAAACAACACCACCAAAAACAUUCACACUAAUAUUUCAUUCAAUCAGUUUAGCCUAGGUUAAAGCACACAAUGUGGUGACCAGGUCAUGUGCGAAAAUAAUUCCCCAUGCUCCGAAGACCAACUCCACUGUUGGGAUAACCUGGUCAUUCAAUACAUUUAGGUCAUCGGCUUGUUUUUUUGCAACAUAACAUUGCUGAGCCUAGACCUGACCAACUGAAGCAACCCCAGAUCAUAAUGUGACACUGUCUCCAGAUACUUGUACAGUGGGCACCGUCUGAACUCAUCAGACCACAUGACCUUUUUCCAAGUCUAAUCUUUAUCCUCCCUAGAAAAAAGAAGCCUUUUUUCUGUUAAUUACUCUUUUAAAGUCUUAAUAAUAAUUGUUUUAUUAAGGCCACACAGCUGUUUAGUCCCAAUCCCGUGAGUUCUUGUUGCUUUGUGCAUGUGGAAAUGCGCAUACUUUUUAAAAACAAAUUUCACGUUUUUUUUUUGUCCUAAUUUCUUCUACACAGUUGACACUUUUUUCGUAUGUUGCACAGUUCUUAACCUAAUUCUAGUUGGCUCACACUCUAUUUUUUUUAUUAUUAUUAUUUUACUUUUAUUUAUUUUUUUGCCUAAUCAGGCCAAUCAUUUGACUUUUAGUACACUGCCUGGCCAAAAAGAAACACUGAGAACUUUUUUCAUUCUUAUUUGAAAACAUCUCUGGUAUCAUAAGAUAUAAAAAGCAGCUGUUUAUUAUGAAAUAAAAACCAUUUUGCAAUUAUGAUAUAAAUAUGUGAAGAAUACCCCUAACUGCUAGGUUUCUAGUAACAUGCUUUUCUUAUUUGUUUUCAUGUAGUAACUAGACCUUGUAGAAAUAAAACGCUUUCUGGGCAAUUUUUUUUUUCAUGUAAUAACGAGAUCUUUUCUUGUGGGGAUGAUGUUUUUUCAUAAAAAUAUUUUAUUCAUGUAAAAAUGAGAUGUUAAUGGGGAUUUUUUUUCUCUUUUUUUCCUUGUGUUGGAAUGCAGUUCUGUAAGCACAUGCAAGGCCAUAAAGUAAAUAGUUGAUUAUGUUUUUUUUUUUUUUUUUUUUGGACAGUUACUUCUUUAGCACUGACGUACUGUACAACUACCUGAAGGCUACAAACAUUUUGUUUGAGCAACACAAGUGUUCCAACCACAUAACCAGCACAUCAAUGCAAAACUCCAAAGUGCCAAACCACUGCGUGAAAAACCAUACACUCACUGUGUUCAAACAUUGUGCAACAGAGUGAGAGAUUUUGCACUAGAGUAAUCAGAGAGAGUGAAUACAUUGAUCUUGUAAAAUAAAAUUAUGUUUUAAAGAUA